CUCAAGCUCAUCGUUUCUAUUUUCGUGACACUCCCUUCGGUCCCUCUGCCUAUCACCUAGAAAUCCCCUUUUCUUAUUCCCACAGCCCAUCAUGAAGUCGGCUCUGGCUCUCCUCGCGGUGCCCCUUGUGGCAGCCCUCCCCUCCGCCAAGACAAGCUCCCUGAAGCAGAGACAGGCCGGCGCCAGCAUCCACGACGCCUUCGUCGCCGCGAGCAAGGAGUUCUUCGGCACCGCCACCGACCAGGGCCUCCUCCAGCGGGACCCCAACCCGGCCAUCAUCCAGGCCAACUUCGGCCAGGUCACGCACGAGAACUCGAUGAAGUGGGAGAGCCUGGAGCCCAACCGGGGCUCGUACAACUGGGGUCCCGCCGACGAGGUCGUCGACUGGGCCAUCGCGAACGGCAAGCUCGUCAGGGGCCACACCCUCGUCUGGCACUCCCAGCUUCCGCAGUGGGUGGAGGGCAUCACCGACGCCGAGGAGCUGCGCGAGGUGAUCCGGAACCACGUCAGCACGACUGUUGGUCGCUAUGCUGGCCGUAUUCACCACUGGGAUGUCGUCAACGAGAUCCUCGCCGAAGACGGCUCCCUCCGCGACUCGGUCUUCUCCCGUGUCUUGGGAGAGGAGUUCGUCAGGAUUGCCUUCGAGGUGGCCCGGGAGACCGAUCCCUCUGCGGUUCUCUACAUCAACGACUACAACCUCGACCAGGCCAACUAUGGAAAGGUCAAUGGCAUGGUUUCGUUUGUGCAGAAGUGGGUUGAUGAGGGCGUCCCCAUCGACGGCAUCGGCACGCAAACUCACAUCUCCCCUGGAAUGGGCGCCGGUGUACAGGCUGCACUAGAGCAACUCGCCUCCGCCCCCGUGAGAGAAGUGGCCAUUACCGAGCUCGACAUCGCGGAUGCCCCUGUCGAGGAGUAUACCGCGGUUGUCCAGGCCUGCCUCAACGUCGAGAAGUGUACUGCCAUCACUGUAUGGGGAGUCGGCGAUGCUGACUCUUGGAGGCAGGGUGAUAACCCUCUGCUCUUCGAUUACAACUUUAACCCCAAGCCUGCUUACGAUGCCAUCAUUGACUUGCUUUCUUAAGCGGUUACAUGAUUCGAGGUCAAUGUGAAUACAGGUCCAGACGGGGCAUGGACAGCUUUUUCCUUCUUUUUUUUUUUCUCUUACAUAUAGUCUUGAAUACCAC